AUGGGUGGCUUCUGGACGAAGCUGCUCCUGCUCGCCGCGGCGAGUGCGCGUGCAGAGGAGACCUGCGCUGCGGAUGGGAGCUGCACAAGCUCGAGCUCGCGAGACAAAGCUUGCCGUGAUGUGCUUGAGCUGGUGCCAGCAGGGACCAAGAAACUUUGGACACGAAGCGAGCCCGCCGUUGUGGCUGAUGCGGUUCUUGCGUCCAAUUGGGAUAAGGAGGCUUUCAGCUACCAGGGAAUGCGAUCUGCCUUUGGCGACACGGCCUUGAAGGUCUUCAGCCCAGCACAGGCGGCACUGCUGGAUGGGCAGACCUCGAGGCUGCACCCCUUGAGGCACAUCUUAUCGAAGUUGGGUGGACCACAGCAGAUCUAUGUCUUCGACAACGAUUUCUUUCUGAAUGCCAGUGCGCAAGCAAUUGCACCUAUACCAGAUUCCAAUCACCUGCUACAACAUGUCGCUUCGAAAAAACAGGAAUGGCUGCGGAUGAGCAAUGCGAAGGCCUUCUUGACCUUGGGAGGGCCCCUUUCAGGGACCCAGUUCCACUCCCAUGGCCCCGCGUUCCUGCUCUUGGCCUCCGGGAAGAAGCGUUGGUAUCUCCACCCGCCGGGGCGGUUCCCCAACCGCUCCGCGGUGGCGCUGCAUCGGCCGAUGACCUUCUUUGAGACCAAGGUCUUGGACGCCCUCGAGGACUCCGUGCCCCUCUCGUGCGUCCAAAGCGCUGGCGAUGCCAUCUUCGUGCCCGACGGCUGGUCGCAUGCCACGAUCAAUGUCGAAAAGACCCUAGGAGUCGCAUGGCAGCGGACGACCUCCGAGAUCGACAGCUGCAACUUGGGACACGACUACUGGUGCCUGGCUCAACGCUUCUCCUCGGCGGAAAAGCUCAGCCUGAAGAAACAAGGUCCACGCUACAAGGAGCUUUUUCUUGAAGCAGACCAGUUGACUGAAGGCUUCCCAGUGGGCUUCCUGCGACAUUUGACGCCCUAUUGGAAAACAUCUCCAGAAGAUGCCAAGGAGACCUUCAAAAGCCUUCGCCUGAAAGUCUUGAAGUUCCUGAAGGAUGCGCGGCGAUCCUCCGAUGAGGCACUGCUGGCAGCCGCGCUGCUGAAGCGGCUGGCGGAUGUGCUUUUUACCGUGCGAAAGGAUGCGCGGCGGGCCUCCGACCUGCUGGCAGCGGCCCAGAAGAAGGCGCCUGAGGCAGGUCAAGGUCCAGCAUUGGCGCGCUUGCUGGGGCAGCAAUUUCGCUGGAAGGAAGCCUCUGAGGCCUUGGAGCUGCACCUGGUCCACUUUCCCGAGGACUCAGGAGCUGUUCCUUGGGCAUGUCUGGGCUGGCCCGCAACUAUGCCCGAAAGCCAUAGGAUGCAAAAAAAGGUGUGCGACGCGUGUUUGGGAAGGCGAUGGCUGUCGACAGUCCUGACGAUCUGCCUGGGUCGGAUUGAGUAUGUGUAG